AUGUCAACCCAGACCAUCCAAGUCCCCCUCCCAUGUGCCCAGGAGGUAUGGGAAGCGACCACGGAAGCCGCAUGGGAGCAGGCCCACGCAUCGCAUGCAGAGCCAGCCAACUUCCACGACUCUGUAAAAUCCCUCGUCGAGGAGCGCGGCAGCCACCAUCGCGACCCGAUGGACCGCCUUUCGCUGACGCUUUUGCUGCACGGGUUAAUGUCCAUGUGCAACGACAUCGCCCAUUUCGACAACCGCUCGAUCUAUCUCGGCGACAUGGACCACGGCGAGGUAUCAUGGACACCUUGGCGGCGGCGUAUGACCCACGCCUUGGAGACGUGGAAAGCCCGAUAUGAUGUGUACACCAUGGCAUCCGUCCAACAGCGAGAUGGAUGGACGGCGCCGAACUACCGCGAAGAGGACAUCGCCCUGCUUACGCUGUAUCAUACGGCGCAUAUCGUGAUCAACUCCGACAUUCGCCAUCUGCAGGCCGCGGCCGGCGCAAAGGGCAUCUUUGGCCAUAUUGUCAUGCCCGAGGAUCGACAGGAGAGCGCGAACUGGGUAAAGCAGUGGGUGCGCGGCCAGGCGGCGGCGGCGGACCAUGCUGCGUGGCAUGCGGCACAGAUGCUGCGAGAGGGCAUCCUGCAUCUUAAGAAUUGGGAUGUUUAUGGGGUGUUUCAUUACCCGUGGUGUCUGGUUAUUGCGACGCUGACGUGUUGGGCUUUUCAUGCUUUUGGGUCGGCCUCCGAAGAGAGGACACAGUGUGCUCAUGGGAAUGCGUUGUAUACUGAUCAACGAGAGUCUCAGGAGGCGAUGAACCAUAUGGUUUCGCUCAUGGCAUCGGUGUCGCCGGGCAAUAUUAGGCUGGGGAAGUGGCGCCUUGUCGGGAUGAGUGAUUAUGAAUCAUUUUCUGUCAUUCAACUUGUUGACAGACAGCCACAAUCGAUCAUUCCCUCCUUUCGCACUUCCAUACUAUCCACCAUGCCGACAACAUCAACCCCCAUCGUCUUCUACGACAUCGCCAUGCGCCCCCCCACAGAGAAAACCUGCUGCUCACCAAAUCCAUGGAAAGCCCGCUUAGCCCUCAACUUCAAAUCUCGCCCAUACACAACCACAUGGGUGCCUCUACCAGAUGUUAGCAAAGUCCGCCGCAGUCUCAAAGUCCCCGCCUGUCGCAAAUUCGCCGACGGCACGGACUUUUACACCCUACCAAUCAUCGAAGACCCCGCCACGAACUCCCUAGUCGGCGACUCCUUCGACAUCGCCGUUUACCUCCAGAAUACAUACCCAGACGCCGGCGCAGGCGACCUAUUUCCCCCCCAGAAACUCGACUACGUCUGCACGCCGGAGGUCGCGUCGCUUAUUCCGCUCUCGGACUGCUCCGAUAGCCAGUAUCCGGAAUACGCCAAGUUCAACGUUAAUGUCGACGCGGCGUUUACCGCACAUGUGCAACUGGCGCUGCAGGGCUUCCCGUUUGACCCCGCCACGGAGGAGGCCAGCAAGGCGGAGUUUGUGCGCCGCGCGGGAAUGAAGAGCUGGGACGAUUUUGCGCUGGUGGGCGAGGCGCGGGAGAAGGUGAAGGAGUCGUUCCGGAAUACGCUUGGGGAUUUGGCGGAGCUCUUCGCGAGGGACGAUAGUGGACCGUUUCUUCUGGGGAGAACGGCUAGCUAUGCGGAUAUGAUUGUUGAUGCAUGGCUGCGGAUGCUGCAGGCAACGUUGCCGGAGAGUGAAUGGGUGGAGGUGAGGAGUUGGCAUGGGGGGAUUUUUGGGCGGUUGCAUGAUGCUUUGGAUGUAUAUGCGCAGGUGAAGUAG